AUGUCCAACAUCAACUUUGUCGACAUCCAGCACCUCAAGAAGGGCGAGGUCAACCUCGGGACCUCCAUCAUGGCCGUCAAGUUUGACAAGGGUGUCGUUAUCGGCGCCGACUCGAGGACGACCACCGGCUCGUACAUUGCCAACCGUGUGACCGACAAGCUCACCCAUAUCCACGACCGCAUCUACUGCUGUCGCUCGGGCUCGGCCGCCGACACCCAGGCAGUGGCCGACAUUGUCCACUACCACGCCCAGACCUACACCGCCGUGUACGGCGAGAACCCUCCCGUGAACACUGUGGCGGCUCUGUUCGAGAAGCUCUGCUACGAGAACAAGGACAACCUGUCUGCCGGUAUCAUUGUUGGCGGCUGGGACAAGGAGAAGGGCGGCAGCGUGUACAACAUUCCCCUCGGCGGUGGCAUGUUUGAGCAGCCUUGGGCCAUUGGCGGCUCGGGUUCAACGUACGUGUACGGUUACUGCGACGCGACCUACCGCGAAGGCUGGGGAGAGGAGGAGACUGUCAACUUUGUCAAGAACACCCUGGCACUGGCGAUGGCUCGCGACGGCUCGUCGGGUGGCUGCAUCCGCAUGUGCGUCAUCACCGAGGACAAGGUUGAGCGCCACUUUGUCCCCGGAAACGAGCUCCCCCGUUUCUGGGAGGGCAAGGAGGUUGUUGGCGGUCACUCUGCCCAGCCCACGGCCGUCUCGGCGUAA